UUUCUUAAUGUUGCUGCUUUUUUUAUUUACUUCUCACAGCUCAAACAGAAGAGACCUACUGCUGGCAGGAAGACCAAAAAGGGAGCUUCAUGGAAGUUCACCUUGGACCUGACCCACCCUGUGGAGGAUGGGAUCCUGGACUCUGCAAACUUUGAAAUCUUCCUUAAAGAGAGGAUAAAGGUCAACGGAAAGACGGGGAACCUGGGCAACACAGUGCAGGUCGGCCGCAUGAAGAACAAGAUCAACGUCACGUCUGAGAAGCAGUUCUCCAAAAGGUAUCUUAAGUACCUGACAAAGAAGUACCUGAAGAAGAACAACCUCCGUGAUUGGCUGAGAGUCGUGGCAUCCGAUAAAGAGACGUACGAACUGCGCUACUUCCAGAUCAGUCAGGACGACGAGGAGGAGUCAGAGGCAGACGAGUAAAUGAUUCUGUCAGGAGAAUAAACGUGGAAAAAUAA